UUUUGUUUUCUAUAUGGUGGGAACUCUAUGCAUGAAACUCUGUUUUUAUAUGGGUGGAACUUUAUAUGUGAAACCGUUUGUUUUCUAUAUGGGUGGAAUUCUAUGUAUGAAACUCUCUGUUUUCUUUAUUGGUGAAACUCUAUGUAUGAAACCCUUUGCAAAAACAACUCUAUGUAUGAAACCGUUUGCUGAGGUGACCCUUAUAAUGAUGCAAUAUGUGCUAAACAUGUGAUCCGCCCUUAGGAAUUGAAGAUCAGUUUUCAUCGAACUCAACAAACUUAACCUAUAGAUACUAACUUGUAGUUUUUUGAGGGAUAAACUUGUGGUUUUGUUUGAAUAAAAAGAUGUUGCCACUUCAAUUUUCUAGAAAAAAAAAUCUUAUUUCAAAGUUGUGGAUUUUACUUUCUUAAUUUUUUGAACACAAUAUAUCUUAUAUUUAAAUGUAUUGUCUCUAUUAAUUAAGCUGGAACCAGAAUCUGGAAAUCAAUUAAAUGUACUGUCUCUAUUAGUGUUUCCUUGAAUUUGUAAACUCCUGCCUCUUGUCAUGGCAUCUAUUUGAAGUUAAGAAGAUGGGAAUCUGUCAUCCUCUUUCCCAUGACUUCUGUGUACCACUAGAUCCAUGGUCCCUAUCCCUACCCUAGAAGGGCUUGAAGUUGAAGCAGACGUCCACCUUUUCUUGCUUUGAAGUUGCUGCUGGCAUUUCCUCUGGUUUAAAGCAAGCAAUUCCCUAUGUUUUCUGAGGAAGUUCUAUGUUUUUAUAAGAAUAUGGUAUGAAUGUAGGGAGAAUCUUACAUUAUUCAAUGACUUUUGUUGUACCUUCUCAAAGAUUAUGGUAAGGAAUAAAUUAUCUAAUGAAUUUUGUUGUACCUUCUUUUUGCUUGCAAGAAACAGUGGCUAUUAUAAACCAUCACACUUCAUUUUUGUUGUACCUUCUCAAAGAAUAUGGUGUGAAAUUUAGAGACAAACUUAUAUUAUUUUAAUGGCUUUUGUUGUACCUUCUCUCUCUCAAACUAGAAUACCUCUGGGUUAAUGGAGUUUUUUUUACCGAAGUUAAGGUAAUGGACCAGAUUCGUAGCAAAAAUGAGACCCUAAAAACCUUAAUCAUGAAAUUUUAGGAUUAUGGAUCUUAUUUGUAUAUUCUAUGAAACCACAUGCAGAAAAAAUAUAACUAACUCUAAAAAUAAACCUCCUCAAAAUCGUGUCUCCUGAUCGUGUCACCAAUCUGCUGUCGCCCCUGUCGUUUUUGGUCUCUGCUGAUCUAUUGCUCCUCGUGUCGUCGUUGCUGCUUCUGGUCACGAGGCCAGGUAUUGUCAUAGUUUCUCUCUUUUACCAAUCCUCCCGGUUAGCAUCUGUAUGCAAUCGUGUUCAGUGAUACCUAAUAUUCUUGAGCACCUAUGUGGAAUAGUUCUGUUCAUUCUUAGUCGAACACAUUAACUUGUUUCUUUUUUUAUUGUACAUAAAUUCAAGCGGGGAAAUAUAAAAAAUGGUUACGUGGUGGAUUUCUCCUUGUUAGAAUAUGCAUCAUUCGCCCGAUCUGAGUUCCUGUUUGAUUGAGUUCUGUUGAGUUUGAAUUAUUCUGAACCAUUAGAUUCUUUAUGUGUUUUUGCUCCUAUCUGAGUUCUGUUAGCUUGUAUUAUUGAUUGUUUUUCAGGUGCAACACAAGAUCACCUGUUAUCUGGGAGAAGAAAGAAUAAGUGCAAAGUAAACAUUGAUUUUUCCCUCCUGGGGAAAGGCCUUUGGCAGCACCUUUUGGAUUAUGAGGGCCGUAAGAGAGUGUGGCUAUGCUCGUGCUACUGGCGCUCCCAUCUCAUCCUACGUUCCAAUUGCUCGCCAUCUUGUUCUUCAAGCAUCGUAUAGCCAUCACGGUUUAUCUUCACUCUCACUCCCACUUUUUUGCGUCGCCGGUGGCUUUAAGCAGAAUGGGUAUAAUGGUUUAUGUUUCCAUCCUCGUCCCCUAUCUAUUUCUUGGGUCUUUGGGGCAGGCAAACCUGAAAACAUAAUUCUAGCCCGGGCUACUGAGGGUGAUCAAUGGCGUCAGGGUCAGGAAGACUUCGGUGAUUAUGAACAGGCACAACAGCCAGAAGUAGGGUCGGAAGUUUUGAAGGAAGAGAUUGCCCUCUUAGGAGGAAACACCGGCAUAAUCUCUGCUUGUUUUGUUGGUCUCGUCACUGGCGUCUGUGUUGUGCUCUUUAACAACGUGGUGCAAGAAAUUCGUGAUCUUUGUUGGGAUGGAAUUCCAUCUCGAGGUGCCUCAUGGUUGAGAGAGUUGCCAUAUGAGAACACGUGGGAGCAUAUAAUCCUGAUACCGACUUGUGGAGGAUUGGUCGUAAGCUUGUUGAACAUGCUUCGAAGUGCUUUGGAUGCUCCUAAAGAAGAAAAUUCAGCAGAUAGCUUAAAAGCUGUUUUGAAACCAAUACUGAAGGCGGUAGCCGCUGCUGUAACACUUGGAACUGGGAAUUCUCUCGGCCCUGAAGGUCCAAGUGUUGAGAUUGGUGCAUCAGUGGCUAAGGGAGUUGGUUCCCUGUUUGACAGAGAUGCUCAAAGAGAGCUCUCUCUUAGAGCUGCAGGGUCAGCUGCUGGAAUUUCAUCUGGGUUCAAUGCUGCUGUUGCUGGGUGUUUUUUUGCUGUAGAGUCGGUCUUAUGGCCAUCACCUGCUGAGUCAUAUCUAUCACUGACGAAUACGACCUCAACCGUCAUUCUUAGUGCCGUGAUAGCCUCUGUAGUGUCAGAAAUUGGUCUUGGAUCUGAACCUGCCUUUACUGUUCCAGACUAUGAUUUCCGUUCGCCAAGUGAACUUCCACUGUAUCUUCUGUUGGGUAUCUUUUGUGGCCUGGUUUCAUUGAGCUUUUCUUGGUGCACAUCGUUGAUGAUGGUGGUAACUGACAAGAUUCAGAAGACCUUUGCCAUGCCAAAGGCAGUUUUCCCUGUAGUUGGUGGUUUUACUAUUGGACUUAUAGCCUUGAUAUAUCCUGAAGUUCUGUACUGGGGUUUCGAGAAUGUUGACACCCUCUUAGAGUCUCGACCAUUAGUGAAAGGCCUCUCUGUUGAUCUAUUAUUGCAGCUAAUAGCAAUCAAAAUAGCAGCAACGUCUUUUUGUCGUGCAUGUGGAUUAGUAGGAGGCUACUAUGCUCCAUCACUUUUUAUUGGUGCAGCUACAGGAAUGGUGUAUGGAAAAAUUAUUAGUUUUAUGAUUUCUCAACUCAAUCCAAUCUUUCAUCUCUCAGGCAUAGAGGUUGCAUCACCACAAGCAUAUGGCCUGGUUGGCAUGGCCGCUACUCUUGCUGGGGUCUGUCAGGUCCCUCUUACUGCAGUUUUGCUAUUAUUUGAGCUUACUCAGGACUACCGGAUAGUGUUACCACUUCUAGGCGCUGUAGGAUUGUCUUCCUGGAUCACAUCUCGAUCGAUAAAGAGAACAGAUGGUGCGGACUAUAAGUUACUUGAAGAGAUAGAACCGCGAACCCAACAACCCGACACAUUUUUAUGUGACUCAAACCUAUGUGCUUCUAAUGAUCCACAUGCAGUGGAAGGACCAGAAGGAAGCCUUGAUGAACUCUCACCUGUGUCAUAUAGUUUUGAUGGUAAUACAGAAUACAUCGCGAAAAAGCUUCUUGUCUCACAAGCCAUGAGAAGCCGGUAUGUGACUGUGCUAAUGAGCACCAUGCUAACAGAAGUAGUGGCGCUGAUGCUAGAAGAGAAGCAAUCUUGUGCUAUGAUAGUUGAUGACAACAACCUCUUGAUAGGUUUACUGACUCUGGGAGACAUACAAGAGUUUUGCAAAUUAUCAGAAGAAAGAAACAAGAUACCUGAGGUCUCUCUCUCUCUCCACUAUAUACACGUGGGUGGGUGGUUGCAGGAAGUCAUAGUAUCUGAACUAUGUUCUCUGAAUGGUUUCUGUAAGUUCCCACCGACUGUAACACCCAAGAUGAAUCUGUACUCUGCUGAGUUGAUUAUGAACACGCAUGGAACAACUCGACUACCAGUUGUUUCAGAGUAUGCUGCAGACCAGAGAGCCCUUCCAGUUGGCAUUUUAGACAGAGAAUGUAUCAAUAUAGCUUGCAGGGCUUUGGCAACUAGAGAACGCCUUGUUUGGUUUUCCACUCUGAACAAUCCCAGAACUUGAUUUGAUGGAGGUUAUUAUGUAAUGUCCGAUCGAUUGCAUAAAGCCCGCAGUAGCAGCGUCUCGAUAAUCUCGGUCUUCCGGUAAAUGAUCAACGUAAUGUGGUGUAUAAGCGGAAUUAGGUGUAGCUAUAUUACAAGCUUAUGUUUUUACGAUCUUAGCCUUUUUCUCCUAGGUGCUCAUUUUAUCACGAGCCUUCACUGCCCCGUUCUGUAACUUACCUUCUUUCUCCCGUCCACUAAAAAGGAUAUGUCAGUGACCUAGCACGGAAGAGGAAAAACCGAAUAUUUCACAUUAGGUGGUCCCGCGGAGCUCUCGGAAAAGGGUCGGUUGUCCCUUACACUUGCUCCGCUAAAAAAAAUCCGUUAAGUCAUGCCUCUUGAUCAUUUUACAUUUUUCUUUCGUCCUCUUAAAAAACUACACUUGUUUGGCACCUGAUCCCGGCUAAACUACCCGUAAAGGGCAAGGGGAUUGUGUUAUGAUUGUGACCAGAAAAACAGUGUCGUCCAUCAUUGCUUAUAAUGUGAAUCCAAUAGCGUAUCAUUUGAUUGAAACUGGUGCAUCUAAUGUGGGAAUUGGAUUUUGAUGCAAAAUAAUCACUCCAUUGCUUAUUUUAGUAAAAUGUCAGGACCCGAAUUGCAUGCAAUGUCCACUUACAUCAAAGAGUUGCAUCCAUUUUGGAGGUUGUUUAGAAAUGGUGACAAUAUCUUCUUGGCCGUUUCUUUGUUAUUCGAACUGCUCACUAGAGCAUUAAGGAACUCUUUCAAUAGGUCUUAGAUACACUGGAUCAACAAGUUUAUAUUCAGAAAUUACUUGGCUACUUUUGAAUUGAGUACGAACGUGGAUGUUCUAACUUAGAUGUAGAGGCAUUCUCUAGGGUGGUUGUCAAGACACUUACUUUCAGAACAGAUAAUGUUGUUUUUUGCCUACCGUUAAUCAGUCGGCCUUCAAGUGAUCUCCUGGACACCCGCUAUCAAUAA